AGGAAAUGUAAUAAAGAGUUUAAUAAAGCUUUUUAAAAAGAUAUUGGGAAUAUCUAUAUUCAAUAUUCAAAGAAUGAUGUAGAGAAUUAAUUAUUACAUAUUGAUGAAUGAAAUAAGAAAUGGUGUCUAGAAAACUAAUUAGAAAGAUUAUAAUAAUUUAUAAUACUUUAUAAGACCUAGAUCAUUAAAAAUAAUUUAUGAACCUUUGAGUGGAAAUAGCUAUAUGGGGUUAUUCAUUUUAUACAAUACUAUUACUAAGUAUCUAAUAUCAUUUAUUAUGAAUAAAAAGCAAACUAACCAAUUAUUCUUAAUAAAAAUUUUAGUCUAAAUGCUAGAUGAAGUUAAGGGAAAUUAAGCUUUUAAUGCAUAUAAUUAUUUGUUUGUUCAUUAGUAAAAACCUAUCAUAUACUAAGAGUUUAAUGAAUAAGUUCUACUAAAAAGGUUAUAUCAAUACAAAUCAAAUAAUGAUGAAUCAGCGAUCAAACUAGAUUUUAAAUUAUAAAUGAAGAAAUCAAUAUUUAACAGAUUCUCCUUGAAUUAAUAUUAAUUAUAUCAUACAUAAGUUUAUUUAAAUAAAUUUUAUCUCAUAGUUUUAUAUUUGCUAUUAUUACUUAGGCUUUUUAUUUUAUUUUAUUUCUUUCCUUCUUGCCAUUUUCAGAACCUAAAAGAAUUGAAGGAGUUCUUACAAAUAUACAAAUUAUAUUGUAGAACUAUUAAAAUUGAUGAAUAAAUCAAAUAAUUUAUAAUAAAAAUGUCUGAAGCAAAUUGUUAUCAGAAAUUUGGAAUAAAUCAAUCAGUUUAUAAUAGUGAAUCACCCAAACUAUUGACUCCUAUUCUAAAAAUACAUCAUUCAAAAUCUGAUGGAGAUAUAGAUAUUAGAUAGGAUAGCUUUGGCAAUUUGAUUAGGCCUGGAUAAAAAAAACAUCGAAUUUAAUUUAAAGAUAAAAAUGAAGUGUUUAUAGGUAUAAGAUGAAUUGAUUUGAAUAGUUGAAAAUUGGAAAUAAUACAACACUGAUAUGGCAAUUCAAGAAUCUCCUUGUCUUUGCACAAUUUUGUGA